AUGGAUCCUUCAUCCUCAGAAUCCUCAAGAUAUGACAUUCCUUCUCAUUUAGAGAGACCCUCCAAUCUCUUUCGAUACUUGUUUGUAGUUCAUAAUUGUUGCUUGUUGGUAUUUAUGUUGUUCUCAGCGGUGGUUGUGUAUUGUGUGAAGGGAUUUCUUUUCCAUAAAAAGUCAAAAAGAGAACAAAGACAUUUCAUGAGUUCCAGCCUCCUCGAGAAGAAAAAUUCUACCCUUCCUUCAUCUCGAUUGGAAAGGCAGCAAGAAAUCAUCCCCUCUGCUGCUUGUCAACACGAAGAAGAGCAACCAGAAGAAGAAGGAAUUUGUGACCACAAUGUCACUUCCAGCGAUCCAUCGACACCAAUGACAACCCUCACCGCUACCACCACAACCACCACUAACAACUCUCAAAUGCAUUCUCCAAGCAGUGUGAUCACUAUCCAUAGCGUAUGGGAAUCCAUGGAUUCCAUUUCACCAAUCUCUCAAAAUUCUACAAACACGUUCCUCAACAAGAAUAUUCCUUCCAAUUCAGAGUCCAUCUUUGAUCGAGAAGUCAAUUCUUCCCUCUCAACUCGCUCAUCAUUUCAGUUCUUACAUGACAAUCAUUGCUCUUUAUCCAUUUCAAACUUUAAUUCUUGCACAACCAGUAAUAACGGAAACAUCUCGCAAAGUACAAUCAAAGCAAAGCAUGGCCAAGAGGAAGAAGACAUUGACUUGGACUCCACUGGAGCCUCUUCUCCUUCUUUGAAUGUAUCGUGUAAUCAUUCAAAGGAUGUUUCGAAUUCAUGUCCUUGCAACGUUCCUCCUCUUGAACAUUUGAUUUACAAUAGAUUACGCGAUCCCACACAAUUCCUCUUUGAAUCUUUUGGUUUCAAAUUUCCAAUCACCAUUUCUCUCUAUCUUUAUCGAAUGAUCAUUUCCAUGUGGGCUCUCAUUUCACUCUUUCUUAAACAAUUUCAUUUUGAAAAACAAUUACCUCUCAUGUUUGUGUCAUUUCUCACCAACUUUACAGCUAUUUUAUUUACUCUCUAUUUUACAGGCCAUGUUGUAUUGGGAUUUUUUUAUUUAGUCUUUUUUAGUAAAUUAUACAGGAAUUCAAAAAAGAUUGGGAUUCCAACCUUGAGAAAGACUAAUUUAGAAUAUUCCAAUUUGAGAAAGUUCAUGUUGAUGGCCUCAAAUGGAAUGUGGUUGAUGGGUGAGAUUGCCAUUACCUCUUCAUUGAUUGUAUCUGUGGGUUACUGGAUUAUGUUUUCGAUAGAAUCAAGCUCAGAAGUGAGUUACUUGUAA